GAAUCUUUGCAAUGGUGAUGAUACUGCAGUUGAUCCUCGUUCUCUCUACUCUGAUUUCAGUCACAGUGCCCAGUGAAGUGCUGGGAUUGGUUGGAAAUUCUGUUCAAAUGGACAUACAGCAUCCUAUACCAGAGUUUAAAAUGUUUUUAUGGGUUUUUAACAAGAAUAAAAAUAUUCUAAAUUACAAUUCUAAAACUAAAACAACCAAACGUUACUCUGCUUAUGAAGGCAGAGUGGAGCUCAAUGAGAAAAACUACAGUCUGAAACUGAAGAACUUACAGAAGACUGAUAGUGGACUGUAUGAAGCAAAAGCAUUUGGUGAUGUGGACAGAGUUGUUGCUGAGUACAGACUCUCUGUGUUGGAUCCAGUGGAGGCUCCAGUCCUGACUCUCCAGCUGAGCAGAGACACCUGCAACAUCACUCUCACCUGUAGAGGUCAUGACCUCUCUAUCAAAUCCAGCUGUUAUAAAGAAAUGUGUGAGGAGAAGGAAGUGACAUCACCUGGAGGCAUCACCCUUUCCCUGUCCGUCAAUGGCAGCUCCAUCAUCUGUAACCAUAGCAACACAGUCAGCUGGAAGACAGACGUGUUGGAGAGGAGAAAGCUUAAACAACUCUGUGCUGAUGAAGGUGAAGGUUCAGUGUCUCCCUCUGCUGGUGUAUCUGUGUGUUUGCUGAAGAUUGUGCUGUAUUCCAUCAGUCUGACCCUCAUGCUGUCUGCUGUCAUCACUGUCCACGUCAGAGGAAGACUGAUCAAAUCCUCUUAAAAGACAUGGAUGGAAUUACCCUGUUUAUUAUAUCUGUUAUAGUUGCAUAAUACUCCAUUCUGUAAUCUCUAAUUAUAAUCUACUCUACUGUACAGCUGAACCUAAACAGGCUCUCAUCACUUUCAAAAAACAGUAAGCUGUAUCUCCAAAGUUUAGCAUCACUGUUGUAGCUUCUCAGAAAUCAGUUAAUAGAAUGUACUAGAACAUUGUAUGUUUUUGUAAAUUUGUUAUUAGAUGUAUUUAAAUGCAUUUGUAAUUACUGUUUAUGCAUAUGUUCACAAAUAUUGCUAAAGAUAAACCUGCUCUUUUCGUGAA